AUGCCUUUGCGGCUUCAACGCAACGGCCAUGCCCUGUCCUCCGUGUGGGUGCCGUCCCGUCGCGCCAGCUCAGCAAGCCUCAGGCAGCACCUGCUGGCGCCAGAGGCCACGCCUGAGGUGGGGCAUCCCCAUGAGAAAGAGCCGGAGGAAAAGGGCAGGGCCACGGAGGCACCCUUCGAGGUGGGGCAUCCCCAUGAGAAUGAACCGUCGGAGGAAAAGGAGAGGCCCCCAGCUGAGGAGCAGCCCUUCGAGGUGGUGUGCGCGGCAAGAUCUGCAUCUUCGUCCUCUUGGUCCAUGGUGUCGGGGCCACAGGCUGAGGAUGCCAAUGUCCAGUCCGAGAAAGAUGGCCAGAACCACAAGGACGCCGAUUUGGAAGCGGGAGCUUCGGUGAAGAAGACACGGAGCUUCAUUGAAGGCAAGCACGUGCACUGCUUCCAGCUGUGCUGCGCCCGGAUGUCCUGCUCCUGGUGUUUGAAGAUGACAAUCUUCCUGGGCUUUGUGCAGAGCACCUUUCUCGUAGGACCGCUGAGCAGGCCCUUGUGGAUCCCCAUCAGCACCCAGUAUGCGCAGCGGCUGCAGUCGAGGGCUCAGGGCGCUCCGGACGCGCGGCCUCUCGCGCUCCGAACGCUCGAGGCCUGCGAGCAGAACUCCGACGUGGGCAUCCCCGAGGCCUUUGCUCAGCACCAUGACCUGGCGAGUGGCCCAGCUGAAUGCUGA